AUUUGGGCUAAACUAGUGUGCGGUUGGGUUAAAAAGACUUCAUAUUUUGAUCGUUAUAUUUCGCCUAUUUGAAUCAAAUAACGCCAAAGAAAAUUGGAAACUGACUGACAAGAUGAUGAAACUCCUGAUUUUGUUGGUGGCUUUGAGCAGUUGGCUCACUUUGGGCUUGCCUUCAAAUGGUAUGAUUCAGCAAGAUUCCAGCAAGAAGGGUGAUGGGGAUAUUCUCAAUCACUCCAUCUGUAGCCAUCUGAGAGAAAAAGAUAUGUGCAAGAGAAGCCAUCACGUCAAGAAAAAACUGUGUAAAGCUACAUGCGGUUGUCAUGACAUGAUCUCACAGAAAUCGUGUAUCGUCCUGAAAAGAUUCAAUGAAUGCUCCAAAAACUUGGCAAUGCGCAUGAGUAGUGGUAAUAGGCCGAUUCUGGCGCUUUUUUAUAAUCCUAUUCUAGCGCCCACCCACAUGGCUAGCUGCCCGAUUUUUGGUUAA